AUGUCUGCCGCCUGCCACCCCCCGCCGAAGCUGCUGCAGCCGCAGCAGCCGCUGCAGCCGCUGCAGCCGCAGCAGCAGCAGCAGCAGCAGCAGCAGCACUGCCAGGCCGCCUCCUGUGGCCCUGCUGCUGCUGCUGCUGCAUGCAAACGGCCCCGCGAGGCCCCCGAGCUGCCGCCCGCUUCGGAGGUCUCUGCUGCUUCUUCGGGGGCCCCCUGGCGCCGCCCGCUGAAGCAGUCGCGGCCCCAGGGCCUUUGCGCUUCGGGGGCCCCUGCGGGGGCCCCCCCGGGGGCCCCUGCGGGGGCCCCUGCAGCGGCUGUGGGGCUCUGCGAGGGGGCCCCGGGGGGGCCCCCUGGGGGCCCCCCUGGGGGGCCCCCUGCUGCUGGGGCCUCGUCUUCUGGGGCGGCGUCGGCGGAGUCCGGCGCAGGCGCUGCUCCUUUUUCCGGGCUGUCUGCAGCAGCAGCAGCAGCAGCAGCAGCGAGCCGGAUGGGCGCGCGGCUGCUGCCGCCUGCGUUUGGGGCAGCAGGGAAGAGCAGCAGCAGCAGCAGCAGCAGCAGCAGCAGCAGCAGCAGCAGCAGCGAGGGGGUGCGUGGGCGUGCAGUGUUGGGCCUGCGCGGGGGCAACGAGGGUCUGGGGGCCCCGCAGCCGCCGCAGCAGCAGCAGCAGCAGCAGCAGCAGCAGCAGGAGGCGGCGGGCAGCAGCUCGGCGUGCGUGGGGUGCCCGAGCAAGGCGCUGGCCGCGGAGGACCCCCGCAGCAGCAGCAGCAGCAGCAGCAGCAGCAGCAGCAGCAGCAGCGGCGCGCUGGGCGCGCCGCUGCACGCGCAGCUGCUGCUGCUCGAACGCCUCAUCAUUGCCCACGUCUCCCCCUCAGGCAAUAUUGCUGUUGCUCCCACUUCGGAGUUGGCGGAGAGUCUUUUGAACGUGGCUUACCUCUUCGCCACGGCCCACUACCGCGCGGCCCUCCGCAGCGCAGCAGCAGCAGCAGCAGCGGCCCCGCAGCAGCAGCAGCAGCAGCAGCAGCAGCAGCAGCAGCGGGAGCGGCGGCGGGAGGGCGAGGGCGCGGGCGCGGAGCCCGCGCCCGCGCACUCCGACACGCAGCAGGGAGGCCAAGCCCGCAGCAACGCCCAGCAGCAGCAGCAGCAGCAGCAGCAGCAGCAGCAGCAGGAAGGCGGGGCGGGCGCCGCGAAGAAGAGCGACGCGGCGCAGCCAGCAGCAGCAGCAGCAGCAGCAGCAGCAGGAGCAGCAGCAGGAGACGUGGAGGAGGCGAAUCCGUUUGCUGCAGCGCUGGUGUGCAGGGGCGCGUCGCCUGCUGUUGCUGCUGCUGCUGCUCUCUCGCUGCGGGUGAGCGGCAGCAGCCGCGUGGACGUGGCCCGCGAAGUGGCGCAGCUGUUCGUGCGGCUCGCGCUGCUGGACAGCAGCAUAAGUCUGCAGUUCAGGCCCUCGACUGUUGCUGCUGCAGCAGCACAACUGGCCAUGUUUCACUCGGGGGGGGCCUCUGGCUUCCCCCCCGUGCUGCAGCAGGCCCUCGGUGCUGCUGCUGCUGCAGUGGUGGCCACGGGCGGCAGCGCUUCCUUCCGGCUGGUGCGGCGCUGCCAGUUCUUGAUGCUGCAGAAGUGGCUCAACGUCAAGCGCGUGCUGCUGCUGCAGCGCAGCAGCAGCAGCGGGGCCCCCGGGGGGCCCCCCGGGGGGGCCCUUGGGGGGCCCCCCGCUGGAGACUUCCUUCCAGAAAGACUUAUUGCGGAGUGGGUGCAGCGCAGCCUCGUGCUGCCGCACCACCGCCGCGUGCUGCUGGCAGUGCAGCAGCACGCGAACAGUUUGGUGCGCUGCCAGGCGCUGGCGCGGCAGCAGCAGCAACUCCACCACGGGCCCCACGGGCCCCACCACGCGCCCUGGCCCCACGCCCUCAAACCCAAACAGCUGCCCGACAAAGACGCAAACGCCUGCCUAGACCCGCAGCAGCAGCAGCAGCAGCAGCAGCAGCAGCGCCAGCAGCAGCAAGCAGUCCACACCUAG